AUGAUAAACUCUACUCAGGUUUCAUAUUUUAUACUUGCUGCCUACUUUGACACUGGGGCAUUGAAAUACUUAUAUUUCAUGAUUGUCAUGUCUUUAUAUAUGUUAAUUCUUUGUGCCAAUCUUCUGCUCAUUGUGGUUAUCUGUAUGAACAGAAGCUUACAUGAACCUAUGUACCUUUUUCUGUGCAGCCUGUUUGUAAAUGAGCUGUAUGGUAGUACAGGGUUGUUUCCAUUCCUUCUGCUUCAGAUUCUCUCUGACAUUCACACUGUUUCUGCUCCCUUUUGUUACCUGCAGAUUUUCUGUGUGCACUUUUAUGGAAAUGUACAAUUUUUCACCUUGGGUGUCAUGUCCUAUGACAGAUACCUCGCUAUCUGUCAUCCUUUACAAUAUCACAUACGUAUGACAAUUAACAAGGUUGCAAUCCUCACUGUGUUCAUAUGGUUUUACAAUGUACUUUAUACUGUUGUCAUGUUGUCUAAAAGUGCCCAGUUACAGCUGUGCGGGAACACGAUCCAGAAAGUGUACUGUGACAACUACUCCAUCGUUAAACUGGCCUGCUCUGACACCACAGUCAAUAGCAUGAACGGUCUUAUUUAUUUGUUUACAGUAAUCUUUGGGCUUGUAAUUUUAAUUUUUUACACGUACAUGAAGAUUCUUAAAGUUUGUUUUUCUGGUUCUAAACAGACCAGACAAAAAGCUGUCAGUACCUGCACUCCUCACCUUGCUUCCCUGCUCAACUUUUCUUUUGGAGUUUUCUUUGAAAUAAUGCAGAGCAGGUUUGAUAUGAGCAGGGUACCCAUUAUGUUGCGGAUCUUUUUAUCAUUAUACUGGCUUACAUGCCAACCGGCCUUCUCCCCUCUAGUGUAUGGACUGAAAAUGUCCAAAAUCCGCAUCAUAUGCAAACGUCUUGCUUUUGGUAAAAGAAUGUAG